CAAAAUCUGAUUUUUAAUAUUUUUUUACUAAUAGAAUUAAGAUAUAAUUACAGUCAAAGACGUGCGUUGACAAAUGUGAAAUAUUGACCGUUGCAACUAAAAAAGAACGUAGAGAGUACGUAGAGUAUUCCAUAAUUUUCAACUAGGUAGCACUUAUCAAACCGGUACUAAUAAUAUUUAGUAUGCAGUACUCUUUUCCGGGACAGGAAGCGGGGGCGCUGCCCCCAUUCCCCUCUAGGUCCUCCACUGUUGCCGUGGUAGCGUACUUUGGCUACUGGUGUAAAAUACAGGAGCGGCCCGGUGGGUAAAUAUAUUGGGCUUCUAUCCUUCUUGUUUUGACUUGCUUGGGCAUGUAUAGCUUUUGUCCGGCUCAUAUCUGGAGAGGAUAAGAUGGCAGAUGAUUGCAAACACUUGUGGUAGUGCCAGGGCCCUGUGGGACUCGAGCGGGGAGUGAGGCUCAACUAGUGCAACGUACGCUCGCUAUUGACCUUAGCUUAGCUUUGUUAGUGAUGGAUAUGAUAUGGCCCAGCUAGCUAGAGUCCUGGCUAGGUAGGUGUCCACCCUUGCACUGGACCCGCUGGCCCAAUGGCUCCUUGGUAGUAGACAUGCCUAGCCGUAGAAGUACGGAGAACGCAUUUUGUACAAUAACCAAAUGCUGUGAUCAGCUGGUACGCACGUCUAAGCAUUAUAAGACACUAAUGUUGCAUACUACGUAUUAAAAUGUGAAAAAUAUCAACUUUCAUCUCAUCCAGAGCUUUAGGGCCAAACUAGCUACCAAGUAAAUCCAAAUACUAAAAUUAUGUGAGUACUAUCUACACAUUCCAUAUUAAUUUUGUGGGCCCCAUUUAAAAGUGACCUAUAAGACGGCCUUCAUCAUCGUAUUAAAGAUCAAAACAUCACACACCAUUGGUUCCUCCUGGAUUCAUCUCCAAAAACAGAAGGCUGAUAAAAGGAAGCAAACUGUAUCUGAGAGUAAAAUCAAAUAGUAAAAGAAAACUGUAAUUAAAGUCUAUAGCUAUUCAAGAAAUGGAAUCUGACAAAGAUUGAGGGAACGCUAGACCAAUCAAAACAUGCUCAAGAAAAGACAAAUUUAGACAAGACAACAUACCAUAUGUCUUUAUGAUGUCCAACUUGAUCAUACACCGUCGAAAAAUCUUGUUAUUAUCGAGAAUAACCUCUAACAAAAAAGGAUGACACCUCAUUCCUGAGGCCCCCAACCCCGACCGGACGGUACGUUGGGAUGAUGUAAAUUGGACUAUAAUCCCAAUCUGACAGAUAGAGAGUGAGAUUCUGUUCCCGGUACUUGCAGAGGCCCUAUGCAUUUUUAGCAUAGUAACCUCUCAUCGCAGUUGCCGGGAUUCGAACCCGGGACCUAAACCUUGUGGCACUCCCUUGCUAUCAGUUGAGGUACGCCCACAGGUAGAAUAACCUCUAACAAGUUUUUGGGCAAGAGAUUCAUUAUUGAAUAAGGUUGAUUGAGCCAUUUCAAUAACUUCCAAAAGACCUGAUGGACAGUGUACCCGGGGGUAGCUUAUCCGAGGGGUUAUUGCGGAGAAUAACUAGAGAGAAGUCAGAGCAAAUAAGUAAGAGAGAGAGUGUAUAUUCGAUAUGUAUUAAGCGUGGUUUACAAUGAGGGAAAGGGGUGCUAUUUAUAGUAGUAAUAAAUGCUAGAUAAGGACACGUGUCAGUUUUCUGGUGGUCGAGGGGUCACCUCGACCGGGGUGGCACUGGCACUCGCAUGUGGCCGCAUUAAAUGUGGUGGUUGGAUGUGACGUUUGUACUUGGUACGGUGAUCCAGGCGCAUGUGAAGAGGAUAUUCUGUCGAGGUGGAUGCCUUCGGCUGAAGGGUGCUGGGCCGAAGGCUCUUCUAACCGAGGGCUCUUACCUGCCGAGGGCUGCAGGUGCCGAAGGCUUGGUUUUCAAGCCUUGUUCUCCUGUGAUGCCUCUUCUAACCGAGGGCUCCUACCUGCCGAGGGCUGCAGGUGCCGAAGGCUUGGUUUUCAAGCCUUGUUCUCUUGUGAUGCCUCUUCUAACCGAGGGCUCCUACCUGCCGAGGGCUGCAGUUGUCGAAGGCUUGGUUUUCAAGCCUUGUUCUCCUGUGAUGCCUCUUCUAACCGAGGGCUCCUACCUGCCGAGGGCUGCAGUUGCCGAAGGCUUGAUUUUCAAGCCUUGUUCUCCUGUGAUGUUUCUGAGCUCGAUUCCGUCACUGGUAGCCUUCGACCAUGGGGCCGAAGGCACCCCUUUGCGUAUUGUGGGCUGC